CGCUGGGGUUAGCCCGACUAAUCCCUUCCAUCCCGCACCCUUCGUCUAAUCGUCCCCAGCCCAUGGAGGAUUCCAAGGGGAGCGACGGCGGCGGCGAGAGGCCCGGCGCCGACCACAACCCUAUCCCGGAUCAGCCGCCGCCGCUCGCUGCUCCCGGAGGAGGGCGCGAUGCCGCCGCGGCUGCUGCUGCUGCUGCGGCGGCGGCGGCGGCCUUGGCCGAGGACGAGGCGCGGCGCCCGUUCACGGCCCUCAGCCAGGUCGACGCCGACCUAGCCCUGGCGCGCGUCCUCCAGGAGCAGGAACGGGCGUAUAUGAUGCUCCGGAUGAACGGAGUCGGCGGCGGCGGCGGCGAGGGCAGCGACUACGGGAGCUCGGAGGCCGGGAGCUACGAGUACGACGAGGAUGCCGAGGAGGACUACGAGGAGGAGCUCGAGAACCACCUCCGCGUCCACCACCACGAGCACCCAGGCGGUGGCGAGGGCGAUGGGGACGAUGAUCUCGAGGCUGAUGGCGAGGGCAAGGGUGAGGGUGAGGGCGAGGAUGAAGGCGAGGGUGACGGUUCUGAAGAGAGCGAGUACGAGGAGGAGGGGUUCGAUGAGGACGAGGAGGUGGAGGAUGUGGAUCUAGACCCGGCAGAGUACGAGGACGACGAGGCUUAUGCGCGGGCGCUUCAGGACGCUGAGGAGCGUGAGGUUGCCGCGCGGCUUAUGGCUCUCGCUGGGAUCAGCGAUUGGCGGGCGGUGGAGCAUGUCGAGGAUCAGAUAAACGACGCGCAGGAUUCAUGGCAAGAGGUUGAUCCAGAUGAGUACUCUUAUGAGGAGUUAGUUGCAUUGGGUGAAGUAGUUGGCACAGAAAGUAGAGGUCUCUCUGCUGAUACACUUGCUUCCUUACCUUCAGUAACUUACAAGACAAAAGAUAUGCAAGAUGGCAACACAGAACAAUGUGUAAUUUGUCGUGUGGAAUUUGAGGAAGGUGAAUCUUUGGUUGCACUUCCCUGCAAUCAUUCAUACCAUCCUGACUGCAUUAAUCAGUGGCUUCAAAUAAAUAAGGUAUGCCCUAUGUGUAGCGCAGAAGUUUCUACCUCAGCAAGCAAGCAGGCAUGACCAACAGUCGUUGGUAAACCAACUUCAUCUUCAGAAAAGAAAAGAAAA